AUGUGCAAAUCUCCCCUCCACACUUUCCUGCAUUCCCUCCCAAAAUGCGAGCACCACGUACAUCUCGAGGGCUGUCUCUCACCCUCCCUAACCUUCACUCUCGCCGCGAAGAACAAAAUCGCCCUGCCCUCCCCCACCACUGACCCAGCAUACACAUCCGUUGAAACGCUGACCGCGCGCUACAACAACUUCGCCAACCUCAACGACUUCCUGGGCUACUACUACCGCGCGCUGGAUGCGGUCAUCACGGCCGAAGACUUUGAGAUGCUGGCGUGGGAGUACUUUACGAUUGCGGCACGCGAUGGCGUCAGGCAUGCUGAGGUGUUCUUUGAUCCGCAGAGUCAUACGGCGAGGAGGAUCAGUUUGAAGACGGUUGUGGAGGGGUUCAAUGCGGCGUGCAAGCGUGCGGAGAAAGAGCUAGGGAUUACGAGUAAACUCAUCAUGUGCUUUUUGCGACACUUGCCUGUGGAUGAGUCGCGCAAGACGAUGGCGGAAGCGGUUGAGGGCGGGUAUUUCGAUGGCGAGAAGAGUGUGAUUUCGGCACUGGGGCUGGACUCGAGUGAGGUCGGAUUCAGGCCGGAGCAGUUUCAGGAGAUGUAUUCGGAGGCUGAGAAGAGGGGGAUUCGCAGGACGGCGCAUGCAGGUGAAGAGGGGGAUCCGAGUUAUAUUGCUGGAGCACUGGAUGGGCUGCAUGCCGAGAGGAUUGAUCAUGGCAUUCGGCUUAUCGAGGAUCCACAACUGAUGGAAAGAGUGAUCAAAGAAGGCAUUAUGCUCACGGUCGUGCAGCAUGUCAGCGAGCUGCCGAUUCGAAAGUUCCUCGAGGCUGGUGUCAAGUUCAGCUUGAACUGCGAUGAUCCGGCGUACUUUGGUGGAUAUAUUCUCAACAACUAUUGCGCAGUUCAGGACGCUUUCGAUUUGAGCGUGGGAGAGUGGAAGAUUAUCGUCCAGAACUCGAUACAAGGGAGCUGGUGUGAUCAGGCGAGGAAGGAUGAGUUGCUCAACACGCUCGAGGAGUGUCUGAGCAAACAUGCUAGUCAAUGA